UCUACGUCAUCGCGGGCGCGACGCCCCGAGAGACGGUCUGGAGUCUGGCGGUCUGGGAGGUGCGGCGGUGAGACCGGCCGGGAAGAUGCCAGUGGCGGUGAUGGCGGAAAGUGCCUUCAGUUUCAGAAAGUUGCUGGAUCAGUGCGAGAACCAGGAGCUCGAGGCUCCUGGAGGAAUUGCUACACCCCCAGUGUAUGGUCAGCUCCUAGCACUGUAUUUGCUGCACAAUGACAUGAAUAAUGCAAGAUAUCUUUGGAAAAGGAUACCCCCUGCUAUAAAGUCUGCAAAUUCAGAACUUGGAGGAAUUUGGUCAGUAGGACAGAGGAUCUGGCAGAGAGAUUUCCCUGGUAUCUAUACGACCAUCAAUGCUCACCAGUGGUCUGAGACAGUGCAGCCAAUCAUGGAUGCGCUCAGAGAUGCAACGAGGCGGCGCGCCUUCGCUCUGGUCUCUCAAGCGUACACCUCCAUCAUCGCCGAUGACUUUGCAGCUUUUGUUGGGCUUCCUGUAGAAGAGGCCGUCAAAGGUAUCUUGGAACAAGGCUGGCAAGCGGACUCCACCACAAGAAUGGUGCUACCCAGGAAGCCAGUUGCAGGAGCCCUGGAUGUUUCGCUUAACAGAAUUAUUCCCUUAUCAGAGCCUGCCCCAGUUCCACCGAUCCCCAACGAGCAGCAGUUAGCCAGGCUGACCGAUUACGUGGCUUUCCUUGAAAACUGACAUCAUCCAGGACCACCUUCAGAAUCCUGUACACUGACAAAGAGAGAAAUGUAAAAUUUUUAUUUUCAAUUUAUUGGAUGGAUAAAGCACCUCAGCAUUCCUUAUGGAAUAUGUGAUAAAAUGCAUAUAUAAUAUAAAGUAUAUUAUAUAUAUUUUGUCCUUAAGCAUUACGCUAAAUAGUUGGGGCAAUUCUCAUUUUGUAAUACGUAACAAUUUGGCGCUGUCAGUAUUACGCAGGUAGUUUACAUUCCCUAGCGACUUAGGAACACGCUCUCCUGCCCCAGCUCGCGUCGCACUCCCAUCCAUGCCCAAAUGAGUAGUGGUGGCGCUGCCUCUGGGGCUGAGGGAGGACUGUCCUGGGCAGGACCUGAACUGCCGGGAGUAUGAGCCACCCUUGGGAGAGCAGGCCCUCUUUAUCCCUGCCUCCUGAGAAUCGCUAAGAUAGAACGCUGAAAUGCAGCUGAGGAACAAACGGACAUUUCCUGAGUGAACCAGGUUGUUAGAGUUACAGUUUUUUCCAGUAGUAUGAGUCUAUCCAUUGGAGAGCUUGCGGUGACCCUGCAUCCUAGGGAGUUCAUGAGACGUGUUCAGCUCUGCCUUCCCAGAGGCGGGGACAGUGGGGUGCGGAAUGCAUUGUGUGGGGAAGGAAGCUGCUGAGCUUGAGGGCACUCUGUACAGCUCUCCUGCAGCCUGCUGGUGGCCUCUGUUUCAAGUUCUGCCUUGGAAGAAACGCUGAACAAGUCUUCAUCCUUUGUGUGACAGCCCUCGGAAUGUUUGAAGUUACUGUAUUUUCAGAUUACAAUACCCCGUAGAUCAUUUAUUCUGCAUUUGUUCAAUAAAUAUUUAAUUGAAUUUUUGAACCAUCA